AUGGGAGGUGGACGAAAAUCAAAGCAAGGCGCGGAGGUAGCGCUGAUUUUUCGGAACCGCAAAGAUGGCGGCGCCACGCGCUCAGAAGAUGGCCGCGGCUCUGAUUCAGACUCAGCAGCCAGCGACACAAGCCGAGCGACCACCUCUACCCCACUAACAAAAGACGACCUCCACCACCUACUACAAGAAAUUAAAGCCAAUAUGAAGGUGGAAUUCGACAAACACCUCACACCCAUCAAAGAGGGCCUAAUUGAUCUGACACAUAGAACCACGGCCAUAGAGGAACAGCUUGACCGUACAACCACAUGCACCACGGUAAAUGAAAACGCCAUAGUCCCUCUCCAAGACCAGGUCCGUCAACUGGAAGAGGCUCAGGAGGACCUUAACAAUCGGUCCUGCCGCAAUAAUAUUAGGAUACGCGGGGUGCCUGAAAUGGUCGACAUGGAUGCGCUAGGCCCAACACUGCGAGAGCUCUUUUGCGGCCUACUCCCAGAGGCCUCACCGGCGGAACUCCUGCUGGACAGAGCACACAGGGCCCUGCGAACACCACUGCCCAAUGCCACCCAACCCAGGGACGUCAUUAUCAGAGUGCACUACUUCCAUAUCAAGGAAGCACUCAUGCAAGCAGCCCGAAACACCCCACUACAACUAGAAGGACACCAAGUCUCCUUCUACCAAGACCUAGCCCCGAGCACCUUAAGAAAGAGAAGGGAACUACGGCCCCUCACCCAAGAACUCGCAAGGCAACACAUCCGCUACUCAUGGGGGCACCCAUUCAAGCUGCAAGUAAGGAAGAACAACCAUACUUACACCCUACAUAACACCGCUGAAAUGCACGACUUUGCUGAGAGCCUCGGCCUUGACCCUACAACCCUCACCGCUGAUCCAAAUCCCAGAAGAAGCGAAAGAGGUCCUCCACCCAGGAAUGCACCACUGCCUACCGGGGCACGCCAGAUACCCAAUAGCCCGCGCCCCAGGGCUGAAAACUGAACGACAAGACGACCACCCACCACCCUACAAGCCAACAGAAGGUCGACGAAAGACCCAAUACGGACUGCCCACAAAAAGAACUCUGACUACCCAUGCCCACUCUGUCACCCAGACUCAUCGAUCCGACUACUACUGGCACCGACGACCACCGACCUCUCCACAUCCUAACGAGAAGACCCCACAGUUGAAGGUAUAAAUGUGACUAGGUUCAGGUUGAAGUUCAACUAAUGUGUUACAAUGUACAACUGAUGAUGUUUGGUUUUCAGCUACAGGAUACACCCCGUUACAUAGGCUCACGGAAGUCGCACACGGCAAACAGCGCCCUACCGACAAUUCAAGACCGGACGAUGACGAAACCUCCCCCACCACUAAACUGCAUUGGGACCUACCAGACAGCCAGACUACCGACUCACGAGACCACAAGGUACGACCUUACCACCGCACGACACAAUACAUAA